UUGAGAACAAGAAGGAUCUCUGCUAAGAACACUGUGUUCUCUCUCUCUCUCGCUCGCUGCAGAGGACAGGAGAGAGACAAUAUAUAUGCUACGAGGAUCAAAUCACCGGGUCGAGCCACUUGGUCUUGCGUAAUAUCAUCGCCGUCGUCUUCUCUCUCCCCCAGAUCUGAUCCUCCGCCAUGGCGUCUUCCUCUGCGGUCCGAUCUCUCCUCUCGGUCUUCUCCGCCGCCGUUUUCCUUCUUCUCGCUCCCGUUCUCGCCUCCGAGUCAGAUCACAAGUAUCAAAAGGAUGAGAAGGUGACCCUGUGGGUGAACAAAGUUGGCCCUUAUAACAACCCGCAAGAAACGUACAACUACUACAGUCUUCCUUUUUGCCGUUCAUCUGGAAAUGAUGUUCACAAAUGGGGUGGUCUUGGCGAGGUUCUUGGUGGAAACGAGCUUAUUGACAGCGAGAUUGACAUCAAGUUCUUGAAAAAUGUUGACAGAAAUGUGAUCUGUCAUCUGGAACUCAAUGAAGCAAAUGUCAAGCAGUUUAAAGAUGCAAUUGAAAAUAGUUAUUGGUUUGAAUUCUUCAUGGAUGACCUGCCAUUGUGGGGUUUUGUGGGUGAGCUGCAUCCUGACAAAAGCAGUGAUAGCGGCAAGCAUGUCCUCUACACACAUAAAAAUAUUGUUGUUAAAUACAACAAAGAGCAGAUCAUUCAUGUUAAUCUCACUCAAGACAAUCCGAGGCCAUUGGAAGCAGGGAGGAAACUCGACUUGACGUACUCCGUGAAAUGGGUACCAACAAAUGUCACGUUUGCCCGUCGUUUUGAUGUUUAUCUGGACUAUCCAUUCUUUGAGCACCAGAUCCAUUGGUUCUCCAUUUUCAACUCAUUCAUGAUGGUUAUUUUCCUCACCGGUCUGGUGUCGAUGAUUUUAAUGAGGACUCUCAGAAAUGAUUAUGCUAAAUAUGCUCGAGAAGAUGAUGAUUUGGAGAGUUUGGAGCGGGAUGUAAGUGAAGAGUCUGGUUGGAAACUUGUGCAUGGAGAUGUGUUCCGCCCACCUUGCAGCAUGACUCUCCUCUCGGCUGUUGUCGGUACUGGUGCUCAGUUGGCGUUGCUUGUUCUUCUCGUCAUCUUACUUGCAAUCGUUGGUACACUCUACGUGGGGAGAGGAGCAAUUGUCACAACUUUCAUAGUUUGCUACGCUUUGACAUCCUUUGUCUCCGGUUAUGUGAGUGGUGGAAUGUACUCGAGGAACGGGGGUAAACAUUGGAUCAAGUGCAUGAUACUUGCAGCCUCUCUGUUCCCAUUUAUGUGUUUUGGGAUCGGCUUUGUCCUCAACACAAUCGCUAUAUUCUACGGAUCUCUCGCAGCUAUUCCCUUCGGGACAAUGGUUGUUGUUUUUGUAAUAUGGGGUUUUAUUUCGUUCCCUCUGGCCCUUCUCGGAACCGUGGUUGGAAGAAACUGGAGCGGUGCUCCAAACAACCCGUGUCGUGUGAAGACAAUCCCGCGUCCAAUCCCCGAGAAAAAGUGGUACCUGACACCAUCUGUUGUCUCGCUCAUGGGAGGUCUUCUUCCCUUUGGAAGCAUCUUCAUCGAGAUGUAUUUCGUCUUCACUUCCUUCUGGAAUUACAAGGUUUACUACGUAUACGGAUUCAUGCUACUGGUGUUUCUGAUUCUCGUAAUCGUGACAGUAUGCGUAACGAUCGUGGGGACGUACUUCCUGCUGAACGCCGAGAACUACCACUGGCAAUGGACCUCCUUCUUCUCCGCGGCUUCUACCGCUGUUUACGUGUACUUGUAUUCCAUCUACUACUACUACGUUAAGACAAAGAUGUCGGGAUUCUUCCAGACGAGCUUCUACUUUGGCUACACUUUGAUGUUCUGCCUCGGCCUCGGAAUCCUCUGCGGAGCUGUGGGAUAUCUGGGAUCGAAUAUGUUUGUAAGGAGGAUCUACAGAAACAUCAAGUGUGACUAACAGAGUUGAAACGUAAGGCGAAGAAGAAGAAGAAAGAAGAGUAAGGGAGGGGUGUUUUAUAUCAAUAGAGACGGAGGGGAAGGAAAUGGGUUCGGGGCUUGUGAUAUAUAUUCUUGGAAUGUGGGGUUUUUUUUUUUUUAUAAACUUUUGCUCCCCUUUUGGCAAGUCUAAAAAUACCUAUUUUCUUUUUUUUAAUUAAAAAAUUAGAAUUAAGAGAUAAUUUUGUUUUCCUGUGAUCAUCUUUGUUUUAUUAUUGAUCAGCAGAAUCCAGUACUAUGGUUUGGUCGGUGGUGUAGUAGUAGUACAUGUAAUUCAGUCCUCCCCAUGGUUUGGUUCUUCA